GUCGUGGCAUCAGCCGUAAAUAUGGAUGCCGAUAAUGGCGUUUGGAGAGCGGAGAGCCGGCCCGCCGGUUCAUGCGGUAACGGGCCCCAUCCCGGUUCUGUGAACCGGUGCCGGCUCGACUCGGUUACUUCUGUGGCCUAUAAAGGAAGGAUUUGGCGAGUUACGGGAGAGGGCAGUUCGAGUGAAAGCCGAAAUCUUCGCGCCCUCUCUGUCUCGCUUUGUUGCUACAAAGACGAGAAGAGCGGACGGCGGAGAAUGAGGGGCGACCGGGGAUCGACGGCGGAGGAGGCGGUUCCAUGGUGGGAGAAGGAAGUCGCAGCAGCGGCGGCGGGGGAUGACGAGGAAGGGUGGAAGUGCCGGAAACAGCACGCGCAGCCCCUUUACGGAGUCUGCCCCUCCUGCCUCCGCGAUCGUCUCCUCCGUCUCUGCCCGGACUGCGCCAACGUCCGCCCUUGCGGUUGUUUCCCCUCCUACUCCUCGUCGUCCUCCUCGUCGUCCCUUUCCUCCACCGAUCUCGCCAGAUCCGGAGGAGUAGGAGGAGGAGGAGAAGAGCGUGGGGGCGUUGGGAUCGGAGUGGUGGGUCCAGUAUCGCGGCUGAUGGAUAGCGAACCGGCCUUCCGGCGGUCCCGAUCGGUGGGGUUCCAGCUGCUCAGGACGAGAUCGGUGACUUCCACAGCUUCCGAAGUCGGCAACGUCGCGCAACCGUCUCCUCCGUCUGGAGGCGGCAAAGGGUGGGCUACGUUCUGGCCGUUCUCGUGGGCCCUGGGAAGGAGGGCAUCCGCGGAGACGGCGGGGGCGAAGCUGUACAGGUCGAGGUCGGUGGCCGCGGGGCGCUCGCCGGAUGCGAGUGGCGGCCGCAAGGUGGGGAGGGGGAAGGGGUCUCGGAGGUGGCACUUCCCGAGCCCGAUGAAGGUAUUCCGACGCCAGAAGUCGACGAUGAGGGUAGUUCAACAGCGGUCACCGUUGUGGCGGGGGUGAGAAUGACCACCCUCGACUCGGAGAAAAGAGAUUCCAAGUCAACGAGACUGUGACAGAAUACCCAUUACCCUUGUUGAGUUCGUUCCUUAGCCGGUCAUCUCCAUGGACACGUAAAGGCCCAGCCCAUAGCCAUCGCAUUAGAGAUGAGGCAAAUGCUCAUCCGAACUUUCAUUUCUUUGUGAUUCAACGUGGAAACGUUGGAUUCCUCUACCAGUCCCACGUCACCCAGCAUCGAUGUCUCGGAUGAUUCAGUCAAGAUUCCCAGUUUUGUCGGUGCACGAACAACAUCUACAGUUCUUCCACUCCCUUUGUUUCCAUACCCGAUCGACCCCCUCAAAUCCUUGGGUGCGGGCCCCUGAAAACCGGGAACCUUUGAGUUAAGUCGAAGACAGCCCCC